AUGGCUCCUGCUUCCAAGACAACCCAGGGACGCAAGUCUGUACGUGGUUCUCAGCGUGGUCGCAAGGUCAAGUCUGCACCGGAGGAAGAUAGUAAGUCUACAAUCACUGGUCGUCGUGGUCGUGGUCCAAAGGAAAAGGAGGAGGAGGAGGAGGAUGUUGCGCAAGGUGAUUCUGACAACAACAAGAAGCUCGCCAGUCCGGACUGGGAUAUUGUGGACUCUGCAUCGGAGAGUCCGGUCAAAAGGUGUAACAGAAACCCUCCGUCUACACCUCUGACACCGUCACCAAGAAAGACUGCGGUCAAAAGGGAUGCCACAUCACCUGCUAUUGAGGAUAUGAAGAAUCAUGAUAGCUCUGACGAGGAUGACAAGGGUGGUUCUUAUCCCAUCUCUGAUGAGGAGGACAAUGUCUUCCUUGAUUGGACUCCUCACAGGCAUUGUGAUACACCUGUGGUCAAUGAUAGUGAGGAGGAGGAGCUGAUGUCCUUAAUGACGCCCAAACGCACCAGGCAGGAUGUGUUGUACAUCUCGUAUUAUGUAUUGUUUGUAUACUUAUCCACAAAGACAAUCACCAGUCUUCAAGCAAAGGGAAAGUCACCUGUCAAGGCCAAGGCCAACAAGAACACCGAAAUGCCGUUCACAAACACAAGGGCUGUUCUGGACAAGCUGCUUGACAAGUACAUUCACUAUCUUCAAAGGAAUGAAUUUGAGUCUACUGAGGAACAUCGCAACUUUGUUAAUACAAAUGCGGACAUCAAGACUGUUACGUUUUCCACCAUUGUCAAGAACCUCAACAUGGACUUCAAGUAA